GCCCUUUUAGUUUUUACACUUUCGUCCUACAUCCCUCGUUCGAAUCUCCGCCAUCUCGACCGCUCUGCUCUCUCUUCUUUACUAUAGUAGUAUAGUCCGAUUGGUAAAAGAAGCCGAAAAUAGAAGCAGCUAAAGGGAGAUUGUGCUGCUGCAGCUGUUAUGUUUCUCUGAUAACUUUUCUCCUUCCGACUCCAAUCGUUCUCCCAUACUCACUUUCACUCUCUAGAGGCGGCCGGAGCGCUGGUAAGGCAUAGGUUGUAUGUGAGAUAACACCGAUUUAUCCAAGAGAGAGUCUUGAGAUUGAAGCGCGAUUGGUGGGAGAGGGAGCCCUGGGAACACGAUUGACUUUGGAUCUGUUGCUGGUAACUUACUCCGUUGCUCUACAUUUGCUCUGAUCUUGUGUAUCCGUCUUUUCUUUGUUUGUUUCUUGGCUUUCAAAUUCGAAGCUUGCUGUUGUCGUGUUGCUCGUUGUCUGGUUGUCCCUUACGCCGACAUGUAUCACAUUGUUGAAUGACGCCUUGCUUCUUAUUGUUGAUUCAAGCAGUGGUUGAUUCGGUAUUGCUGUUGCUGGAGAUUGCUUAAAUAAUGUAUUAGUUAUGGAUUGGAGGAAAUUUAUAUUGGAGCAUUGUUUGACUGUGGCAUGGUUUAAGUGACAGGUUGAACUGUUUGUGCUGUGCUGAUAUGCUUUCCGAGUAAGGUCGGAUUUAUGAUUGCGGUUCCCAUUGGAACGCAGUCACAGAGAUGCCAUAGAGUUUCAUUUCAUUUAGCUGUAGAUUGAGAAUCUGCUGUGAAAUUUUUUAGGUUUCUUGAUUUAAGUUCGUGAUUCUCCGUGUACUAGCUUGAGAGUUGUGUCACUGUGGGUAACAAGGCAUGGUUGGUUCAGUUGUCUGGCAGCUAAUAAUACUCGUAUCAGGAUUUAGGUCUUGGUAAUACCUGGGAGCUCCAUAUGCACAGCAAUCUAUUCAAACAGAUGGGUUUCACUAUUCAAAUGGUGUCUGGUUCUGUCACAGUGGAAAUGGAGAGGUUUGUUGUAAGGCGUAAAGUUGUCCCACAGCUAUUGCCAUGUUAAAAAAAAAAUUUUAUGGGCUGAGGAGUGGAGUCGAAAUGGUUUUACAUCCCAAAUAUUUAGAAAGAUGGAGGAGUCUCGAGAUGAAGCGGGGCCAGCAGAGCAGGGGCCUUCUAAUGCAGCAUGGUGGGGCUCAGAUUUUAUUGAGAAGUUUGACUCUGUUUCGUUGCAUUCUCAAGAAGAUACUCUGAGUAAUAAAGAAUCACCUAGAAAUUAUGAAGAAGAUGACUUGUCUUCUCAAACUGCAUCACAAGUUCUCUGGAGAACUGGAAUGCUUUCAGAACCAAUUCCAAAUGGCUUCUACUCUGUCACACCGGAUAAAAGACUCAAAGAGCAUUUUGAGUGCCUUCCAACCCUGGAUGAACUCCAUGCUCUUGGAAAUGAGGCUCUCACUGCUGAUGUGAUUGUUGUGGAUUUUAGGAAAGAUAAAAAGCUGUCAAUGCUGAAGCAGUUGAUUGUUGCGCUGGUGAGAGGAUUGAGUGCGAAUCCAGCUUCCAUGAUAAAAAAGAUUGUUGGGUUGGUAUCUGAUUUUUACAAAAGACCUAGUGUUGAUAGCCCUGUGAGAACAUCUGUAGAGGAAAAUUAUCACUUGCUUGAAAACCGAGGAGUUCAAUUGCUUGGGCAAAUAAAACACGGUUCGUGCCGUCCUCGAGCAAUCUUGUUCAAAGUUCUGGCAGAUACUGUGGGUCUUGAAAAUAGGCUUGUCUUGGGUUUACCAAAUGACGGAUCUGUCGAGUGUGUAGACUCAUAUAAGCACAUGUCAGUCAUUGUUGUGUUGAACUCGGUGGAACUACUGGUAGAUCUUAUGCGAUUUCCUGGCCAGUUGAUCCCACGGUCUACCAGAGCAAUUUUCAUGACUCAUAUCUCAGCAGCUGGGGAGAGUGAUUCUGCUGAAAAUGAUUCUUGCGAUUCACCACUUGAACCAAACAGUCCUCUUUGUGGUUUCCCAGAGAAAGUGGAUCCUGACAGUGCUGAAAAAGAUGACGGUCAUCAGUUCCAUAGGAAAUUAGAGGGAUCUUCAAAUGCAUCAGGCCCUGUAUUGCGGAAAAAGAUGUUGCGAUCUAGCUCAUACCUGGAUACAAAACUUAGUUUAUCACAUAGUGAACCCAAUGUCGCUACAGCAUUUUGGCGGCGUAGCCGGAAAAAGGUGAUAGCUGAACAGCGGACUGCUAGUUCAAGUCCAGAGCAUCCUUCAUUACGGGUACGCGGAAGGUCUAUGCUAAGUGGUGAUAGGCAUUCAAUUAGAGAUUAUCCUGAGGAUGUAGCUACCUCAAGCUACAAGUCAGAAGGAGCAUCAACAUCAUUGGAGACUCGUAGAUUAAGAAGACGACGCAUUAGCAUGACCCCAGAGAUUGGUGAUGAUAUUGUGAGGGCUGUGCGGGCCAUGAAUGAAACUUUGAAGCAGAACCGUCUAAUGCGGGAGCGAGGUGAUGGUACAUCCUCUACAGUUAAUUCAGACGAGAAGGAUAACAGCUCAGAUCUUCAGAAAAUCUAUCAAAUUUGAUCCUGGUGGUCGCAAUGAUAUAUUUAACAGAAGGCCUAGCUUAUGUGCUCUUCAGGUGGACUAAAAAAUUUCUCAGAAAGCAAUGUCACUACCAUCUUCUCCGCAUGGAUAUAGUAGCCAAACAGUGGAGAGAGUUAAACCUUCAGGCUACUCCGCGAAAGAUGAAUUGGUCACUACGUGGAAUAAAGUCCUUGAGUCACCCAUGUUCCAGAAUAAGCCUCUGUUACCUUAUGAUGAAUGGAAUAUUGAUUUCUCAGAGAUAACUGUUGGAACUCGUGUCGGGAUUGGGUUUUUUGGUGAAGUUUUCCGAGGCGUAUGGAAUGGGACAGAUGUUGCUAUCAAAGUUUUCUUAGAGAAAGAUCUAACAGCUGAAAACAUGGAAGACUUUUGCAAUGAAAUAUCCAUUCUUAGGUAUUUUCCUGUUGAUCUGCCAAUCCUUUUGUUUUCAAUUAUAUUGUUUUUAGGUGCUUGCACAAAGCCUCCCCGAUUGUCAAUGCUCACCGAGUACAUGGAAAUGGGAUCCUUGUAUUACCUAAUUCAUUUAAGUGGUCAGAAGAAGAAGCUUAGUUGGCGGAGGCGGCUUAAAAUGAUGUGUGAUAUUUGCAGGGGUUUGAUGUGUAUACAUCGGAUGAAGAUAGUUCAUCGCGAUCUCAAGAGCACAAAUUGUCUCGUGAACAAGCAUUGGACUGUUAAGAUCUACGAUUUCGGGCUCUCAAGAAUCAUGGUGACCAAGCCGGUUGUUUAUGCUGUUGCUAAUGAAGGAUCCAGAUUGGAGAUUUCGGAGGGUCCGCUGGGAAGGCUAAUUUCAGACUGCUGGGCUGAAGCGCAUGAGCGACCGAGCUGUGAGGAAAUCCUGUCUCGGUUGCUUGAUUGCGAGUAUUCCCUUUGCUGAUGAUACCCAUCAAUAGGAAAAGGCACACUCCUUUUUAUUGUGUACAGGUGAAGAAAACCGAAAAAGAAAGCAGGGCAAAGUUUAACAUGGUAGAGUGUGGAUAUUGUUCUCCCUCGGCAGCUCAAGAUUGUAAACGUUUUCGUUCUUUGUUUUCCGAAGCACUUCCAUUCCAUGUCGUCCCAGAAUGAAGUAUUCCAAUUUUGCAUGUUAUGCAGUAGAAAUUACAACGCUGAAUCGGCUCUCAUUCAUUUCUCCCUAUCUUCGUCAAACACA